AUGUGUUCCAAGGGCUAUUACUUUUUGGAUAGAUUAGUGUUCCGUUAUUGUAAAAAUGGAGGCAGUAGCGCGCCUAUAAGAGAGUGGAUGCAGAAGAACUUAAUCGAUUUCUCCAAGAAGAACCCACAGCUCAAGGUCGAGACACAGUAUUUACCAAAUCGUCAUCCCAUCUUGAUUGCUGAAUACAAAAAUGGUCAGAGCCGCCAAGUUUGCGUUAAGAAUAUGUCUCAGAAAGAAAUUUGGGAGCAUGUGAAUGACCUGCGGAACACAAAUGGGAAGAAGGUGACGAAAGUGGAAAAGAAUGUUUAUCCACACUGUGAAUCAUUUCAGGGCAAGUUUGACGACUCUCUUCAUAUUGGUUCCAUCCAUAUAAAACAAGUAUUUGAAUAGUCCUUU